AUGCGGAGCGCACUACUGCUCUUCCUGCUGACCCUAGCCGUGGCGCUAGUCCCCGCGCUAGCAGUUAACGAUGUGCGCGUGACAGAGAGCAUCACGUUCAGCGUGGGCACGCCCCCGGCGAGCUCCGUGACCGUUCAGUCCGCGAACGCGUCAUGCCAGCCCCAGUUCGGCACCGUGACGUUCGCGAGGAACACGAACCCAGGCGCGACGGACUACCUCGCCACGUACAGGCCCUUCGCGGACCAACCAGCCAUCCCACCUGGAAGCUCCCGCGAGGACGUGUUCACGUUCCAGUACUUCGGGCAGGAGGGCGGCGUGGGCGCGGUCGUGCCGGCGCCAGGCAUCUUCCCGAUCCGCGUCAGCAUCCUGCCCGUGAACCGGCCCCCGCAGUGCCGGGACUUCGGUACUGGCGCUGGCGAGGGCGCGUCGAUUCGCACCGUCGUGGGCAGCUCGACGCUGAUCGAGUUCUUCCCGAAAUCGGACCUCGACAUCGACGGCGACCGCCUGACGUACACGUACACCACGGACGCCACGAAGUUCACCCUCGAUCCCGACCCCCAGGGAACGGAGUGGCGGAAGACCUUUAUUCCCAAUGUCAAUUUCGCGUGGAGCGCGACGGGGGACUUCGUGACGAUCCCGUACACGGUGACGGACUGCGCGGUGUCGACGGCGUGGAACUACAGCAACCCGUUCGAGCAGUGCAGCACCGUCGGGUGCACGUACACCGUGCCCGUCGGCGCGGCGGGGGGUGUCCCGGCGCCCGUGUACUGCACCCAGCAGGAGUCGCUGUGCGUCAACACGACGGAGCUGACCGACAAGGUGCACUCCGGGACCGAGUUCGACCCGCUGGUGGCCACGGAGGACGAAACCCUGACAGGCCUGCUACUGCGCGAGAACACCCCCCUGCCCGUCGGGGCGCCCGUGUACUGGCUCAUGUCGCAAGACACGGAGUUCACCGCGCCCCCGCCGAGCGACCGCUUCGCGUUCGUCAACCUCCAGUUCGGCAAGGCGCGCAUCCUGUGCCACGAGGGCCCCAACGGCACCACGGCCGCCGGCGCGCCGCGCAACUGCCCCUCCAACAUCCGGGGGGCGUUAUUCGAAUACACCCCCAACCCCAACUUCUUCGGGGCGACGGGCCGGCGGCGGGCGGCGGAGCGCGACCUCGCGCAGCUGCAGAUCUCCCAGAAGGACCAGCUGCGGUGGAAGUACAGCGACGGCGCGCUGGUGACGGAUCUCGACCGGCCGCUCUUCAUCACGACGCGCGCGGUGGAGGACCCGACGGUCGGGCGGUUCAGCACGGUGCGGGCGUUCGAGGCGACGGCGGCGGAGGCCGCGGACCUGACGAAGUUCACGCCGUUCACGCUCGCGGCCGACGACGUCGACGAGUCGUUCACGCAGCAACAACAGCUGUUCUGGAUUCCCCUCAACCUCGACUCAGUCAACGGGACGGUCUACCGGCAGGUGCAGGGCGACGCGGUCGUCGCCGGGAGCGCGCUGGCCGGGCGCGUCGCGAUCCCGAUGGCCCCGUCGGGCGCGCAGGGCACAAACUAUACCCUGACAUUGUACUGGAAGGGCGACGCGGGGGCCUCGGGGCGCCCGAUCGCGACGCUCAAGUGGUUCGCGGUGUCCUCGACGGUCCAGGCGACGCUCUCGGGGCUCUCGGACGCGCAGUUCGCCGCGCAGAUCGCCACAUGGACGACGCAGUGGGACGCGCAGAGAGCGGCGGGGGCGCGGUCGGGGUCGAUCGGGACGAACGGGUUCGGCGGCGUGGCGCUCGAGGGCGCGUGCCGCGGAGGGUUCUUCCGCAGCCCCGCGACGGGGCGCUGCGAGCAGUGCCCGCUUGGACAGUUCCUGCCGCCAAACUUGCUGCAGGACCGCCCAACGUGCUCGCCGUGCGGCGUGGGGACGCAGGCGCCGUUCCUGGGCACGGUGGUCUGCGAGCCGUGCCCGGUGGGGCGCUACACGGACGUCCAGGGCACCGUGAACUGCACGGUGUGCCCCUCGGUGGGCAUGACGACGCGGCAGGAGGGCAGCCGGGUCGUGACGGACUGCAUCUGCAAGCGCCGCAACCCGCUGAGCGUCACGACGAAGCUCUUCCUGUUCACGGAGGGCGGUCGCGGGUACUACGGCCACCCGGGCGUGCGCUGCUUUGAGUGCCCGGGCCCGUCGAUCGACGAAGUCGACCUGACGUCGGACACCGCGAUCGAGGCCGCCGAGUGGGUCAAGUGCGAGGAGGACGGCCAGAUCCUCCCGAUCAACCGCGAGGGCUUCUUCGUCGAGGCCGGCCCGGAGAUCGGCUCCGCGGCGACGGUUUCCAAGUGCACGCCCGCGGAGGCCUGUCCCGAGCACGACAGCGUGGAGGACAUGCAGGAGGAGCCGUGCGCGGACUGCUACACGGGGACGCGGUGCGCGGAGUGCUCGCGCGCGGACGGCGAGCAGUGCUACCGCCUGCAGGGCACGUGCCGCAGCUGCCCUGAGUCGGCGCAGGUGGGCUUCGUGAUCGUGAUCGCCAUCAUCCUGGCGCUGUUCGCGCCCUUCAUGUUCAAGCUCACGGACGUCCUGCGCGCCGCGCCGUCCCUCAACAUCUCCCUCAACUUCGUGCAAAUCACGGCGAUCUUCCCCAAGCUCAACGUGCCGUGGCCGGACUCGCUCAUCGUCCCGCUCGAGUGGCUGUCGCUGGUGAACCUCAACAUCGAGCUCGCGCACCCGGAGUGCAUCUCCGACAGCUGGACGUGGGAGAGCAAGUGGCGCCUCACGCUCCUGAGCCCGCUCAUCGUGGCCGGGUUCUUCCUUUGCUACUUCGCGCUCGCUGUGUCGUGGUACGGCCUCAACGUCGGCCUCCGCAAGCAGCUGUGCAAGACGUACCCGCCGCCGAUCCUCGCGCCCGUCCAGGGCCGCGGACAGGGCUUCAAGCGCCUUCAGAAGAAGGCCCUGCGGAUCCUGCUCAAAGUGCGCAGCCGGGACGACGUCAUGCUUCUGACGCAGAAGCUGACGCGCGUGAUGCUCACCUUCCUCAAGGUCGCCUACAUCUUCCUGACCGCCGCGGUGUUCGAGUUCCUCGACUGCAACGUGGACGCGGUGUCGGGGAACCGCUUCCUGCGCAACGAGUCGUCGGUGCAGUGCUUCACGCUGAGCGACGCCGCCGCCGUGCAGCUGGGCAACGACACCGCGCCGCGCAACGUCUGGAAGGACAACCUCGCGAUCUUCUGCGUCGCGGCCUUCAUGUACCCCGUGGGGAUCCUCGCGCUGUACGUCGGCAUGCUCGUCGCGUCGCGGAAGGACAUGGACAACCCGAACGUCGACGCGAUGCUGGAGCCAGUGGCGCGCGAGUACCGCCUGGGCUUCAACUGGUGGAUCGUGACGGUCCUCAUCCGCAAGAUCGCGCUGCUCGCCGCGCCGCUGAUCUUCCCGUCGGAAACGGACGAAAACGGGCUGCGCCAGAGCCUGUUUUCCAUCGCCAUCCUGCUCAUCGCGCUCGUCACGCACAUCUACUUCUACCCGCACGACACCGAGGCCCGCAACACGCUCGAGUCCAUCGGCACGUUCGCCAACUUCCUGACCGUCUUCGUGGGCAUGUCCCUCUUGGCGCACAACAGCGACGACCAGGAAACCAGCAAGAUCACGGACCGCUACGCCGACUUCCUGGAAGUCCUCGCCAUCAUCAUGAACGGCGUCGCCGCCACCGCGGGCGCAAUCGUCGCCUACAUGGAGAUGUCGCCCUUCCUCAUGGCGCACGUCGAACGCUGGCGCGCCAAACGCCGCUUCAUGGUCAACGUGAAGCGCGCGGGGCUCAAGCUCGACCUGUUCAGCGUCGACGCGGCCGUCGCGAACGGGCCCGCGAACACGCCCAACUCGAUCGCGCUCAAGUACCCCCUCAGCGAGGGGGUGUCUCGCGAGAUCCUGCGCGACCACUACUCGGCGGGGCUCGCCGCCGUCGCCGGCAUCGCCGCGCUGGUGCACGACAGGCACGGUGUGCCGCAGCACUACGUUGUCUUCGCGGACUGGGGCUCCCUCGAGCGCAAGCUCAAGAAGCCGGAGAAGGCGGCGGCGUUCAUCGUUGGCUCGCACGAGGGCGAGCCGAUCGACGAGACGCGGCGCGAGGUGAUCUCGCACUGCCUGCACGCGGACAAGCAGGCCGCGCUGUGGGACACCGGCUCGGCGUCGUACGCCCUGUCGGUGCGCACGAUCGUCAAGAUUCAGGAAUUCGCGGAGCGCGCAAAGCUGGGCAGGGAGGAGUCCGAGCACCUGACGUGGGUCGGAGCGCGCGUGACGAACGCGAUUUUGCACCGCCGGAAGGUCCUCUUGGAGGCCGGGGACAAGGCGGCGGAGUUCAUGCCGGAUCGCGACGUGCUAAAGAGGGCGCUGCGGAGGUUCAACGAAUAUCUCCGGCAGCCGGUGUCGCUGAAGCUGAGGUACCCGGACAAGAUUCCCAUCGCGCGGAUGAUCCGCCCGAUCGUGCGGGAGCGCGUCCUGGACCGUCUGUGCGCCCAGAGCGCGGAGCAGUGCAGCACGGUGAAGUCGGUGCUGCUGGAGGCCGUGAACCACCGCCCCUCGCUUGUACAGGCGGUGGUGAAUGCGGGGCAGGCGGCGUUCCAGGCGGCCGGGACGCUCGCGCGGCAGAUGACGCACACGGCGGCGUCGAACGCGACGUUGAUUGCGCGUGCGGCGACGCAGUCGCGGCGGCCCUCGGAGCCCCAGGCGACGAUGUACAGCGGCGCGAGCCGCGCGGAGGUGCGGCGGGCGGCGCGCGAGACGGGCAUGAUGCCGUCGAAGUCGACGCGGAAGAUCACCAACGCGAAGAGUAGCAUGGCACGCAACGUGAAGAGGGACCAAGCGAGGUCCCUGCGCUGGGCAGACUGA